UCAUGGGAAGAUGGCGGACCCUUUUACGGGUGGCCAAAGCUCUAGGGCAAGUAAUGCUUUACAGAAGCGUCAAGAAUCCUUAAAAAGAUGGAAUAAAAGCGAGACAGCCUUAGAAUCUGCGGACAGGUCUAGAAAGAAGACCAAAAUUCAAUUUUCGCUCGGAACUGUGUUCCUUUCGGCGGUAUCGAGCGGUGACGUGGAGGAGGUGAAGAAACUUCUGGCCAAAGGCGCAGAUAUAAAUCACCAAAAUGUCGAUGGACUUACUGCGUUACAUCAGGCUUGCAUCGACGAAAGUUGUGAUCUCGUUGAAUUUUUGGUCGAUCAUGGAGCCCGAUUGGACGUACGAGACAACGAAGGCUGGUCGGCCUUACACGCUGCAGCCAGUUGUGGGAGCGUUGAAAUAGCACAAUGUUUACUUGAUCAUGGAGCAGAUGUGGCAGCUGUUAAUAAUGAAGGGGAAUUACCACUGGAUCUUGCAGAGGAAGAUGACAUGGAGGAUCUUUUAACAGAAGAAAUUGAAAGAUUAGGAAUUGAUGUUGAAGAAGCAAGAAGUAAAGAGGAGAGAAUAAUGUUAGAAGAUGCUCAGAGUUGGAUGAAUGGUAGAACAAUAAAUGAAAUUAAAGAUAGAUCAGGUGCUUCAGCAUUACAUGUUGCUGCAUCGAAAGGUUAUAUACAAGUUAUUAGUCUUUUACUUCAACUUGGUGUUGACAUCAAUGCUAAGGACAAUGAUGGCUGGACGCCAUUACAUGCAGCAGUUCACUGGGGGCAAAGUGAUGCAUGCGAAGUACUCGCUGAUCAUGGAGCCAACUUUAGUGCUAGGAGUAAUGCGGGUUCAACACCUAUCGACCUGGCAGAACCGGACAUGGUUAAAAUGCUGGAAGAGCUUAAGAAAAGGCAAAAGGAUAAGCCAAAGAUCAAUGCGUCAACAACACCAGUCAUUAAAAGCAAUAUGGAAUCUGGACCAGCUCCCUUAAAAAGACGUCUAUCUGAAACAUCUCUAGCUAGACUGCGGCGUAAUGUACCCCCUGCUAACAACCCUGGACUACUGGACAUCAAUCAGGAGAGGGCACAGAUGGAAGCUAGCAAGGAGCAGUUGUCCACCUCCCCUAAGAGCCGCACCUCCAGACCGCCGAGUUUCGACGACUCGCCCAAAGAGGACAAGGAAAACGAGAAGGAGAAAUCAGACGGUUUCAACAAAGAUGACAGUGGUUCCGAAUCCGAUACGGAGGACAGCUCUGAAGAGUCCAGUGAAGAGGAUUCAGAGGAAGAGGGGAGGGGUGGGAAGCCAGCUGUGAACUCGGUUACUUCCAGGACCAGACCGACGGUCAAUUCUCUCCCAGCUAAUUCUGCGGUUAAUUCGCUUAAAAAACCAGCGGAUGAGUCCGACUCAGAGGAAGAAACCGGCAGUGAAACUGAAGAGUCCUCUGAAGAGGAGGAGGAAGAAGAGCCGGUCAAACCUGAUACGCGAACAAGUAUAACCAGUUCUACGUCGCGACCGUCCGCGUCGUCGCGUUUUCCGAGCGCGCCUGUUAGUGCGCCAUCUAAAGUAGCGGUGGGAGGCACCUCAAAGCUUCUGAAAUCCCCUUUCCUAGACAAUGAUAAGAAGGCAAACAAUCCUUCUUCACUUGUUUCAAAAACUGAACCCUCUAGGACUCCAAGGUUCGGUGAUAGGGGUGAUGGUAAAGAAGACACUAAAACACGGGUUGCGAGCAACGUAACUCGUACUACGGCGGAUACUACGAGUAAUGCGACCAUAACUACAACUAGUGCGGCUCGGAGCGUAAUUAGCUCCACACCUAGCGAGGACGCUCUUCCAAAAACAAAACGGCAGAUCAGGAAGGUCACUGAGAGGGCGAGUACCUCUUAUGUAGUAAAUAGCGGAAGGGGAAAUGAGGAAGGUGAUGAAAUGAACGGAGAAGAUGGCAAGAGUAAUGAUGUGACCCACAGGAAGGGAGCAGAGGAACACAAGGACACGUCUGUGCGGCGGAACUCUAAGGAAGAGACGAAGUCGACGAGACUAGCCUCAACUGCUGACACGUACCUGAGCCGGCGGAGCAGACCCAGUGAAACAGUUGAGGACAAGAACGAAGAAGCUAAGAUACCGGAUUGGAAGAGACGACAAAAGGAACGAGAGAGGGAACGAGAAAAGGAGAAGGAGAAAGAACAAGAGAGGGAGAGAGAACGACAAAAGGAAAGGGAACGACAAAAGGAGAAGGAGAACGAGACUGAGAUGCCAAGUUAUCGCCGCCCCAGGCAAGACAGGGAAAAAGAUAAAGAAAAAGAGAAGGAAGAGAAGGAAAAGGAAGACGAUGACUCCUCUGCAUCGGCUGCGGCGCAAAAAAGAAGGGCCAGGAGGCAAAGAGAUAAACGAAUAAAGGGGAGUGACGAGGAAGAAACUGAAGAGGCCAAAGACCCAAAAAAGAACACAAAGCUAAAUGAGGAAAAUGACGAGAAAGCCUCCUUGGCCAGCAGGAGACGAUCACAAGAAACCAGACACGACGAGUAUAAGAGCACCACGGAUAGAAUAAGAGUUGGCAGAACCAUUGAUUCGAAAGGACCCUUUGGGACCUCCAAGGCUAACACCAUCAUAGCAGAAACAGAUCCUCAGAAGCUAAAGGAAAGAUUACAAGUAGCACAGUUGGAAAUUCAAGAAUACAAAGUUAAACUAGAAAAGGCUUUACAAGCAAAAGAGGAACUUGAAAGAAAAUACUCAAACGUAGAGGACGACUUAAAGCAACUAGCGGACCUGAAAGCGGACAACCAAAGGCUGAAAGACGAGAACGGUGCCUUAAUCCGUGUUAUAAGCAAGUUAUCACGACCUCCCACUUGACCGGCAACCAUGGUGUUAGUAAGGCAAACUAGAGACAUUUAGAACUUGAUAAUGCCGAUAUGUGAUAACCCCUCUUUCCUGGUCUUAAACUGUACCUAUUUAUUCAGUACGAGACCACAACUUAGAUGUUCUUUAAUUAUGCUAGGAAGGAGGGGUGGCAGGGGAAGGUCGGAUUUUGAUAAAAGCCUUCCCUUCCCCGCCAGCCUAUAGUACAAUAAUGAGGACUUGGUUGGGUUCGUUUUUUCCCUUGUUGUAAUGUAGGUAUGUGUAUGUUUUGUAAUUGGACGUGAGUCAGUAAGAGAGAUAACGGAGAUCAGUUGCAACGUUGUACACAAAAGUAAGCAAAGGAAGAUUAAAUACGAUUUUACAAUUGAAUAAUUUGUGAACUUCCCUCAAAAAGCCCAUGUUCUGCUUAUUUCUAAUGCAGUUUUCUAUAAGUGUAUAUUCUAGUUAAACGGCCGAAGUGCUUUUCAUUAGUUACGCAGAACUUUUUGUCUGCUAGAAGCUUUUCUAUUUUGUUACACUCUUGAGGGUUCAGUGAUAUUAAUAAGAAUAACAAAUUAAUGAUAAUCAAUCCGAUUGCUAAAGGUUCAACUACUGUAGUAAAGUUUAGUUUUGUACGACUUUUUGCAUAGACGAUUCAAUAAAACCAAACAGUGCUUGCUUCUGGUAGGAAGAAAGAAAGAAAAAAAAAAUACAAAUACGAGCCUUUUCGACUAUGUCGCGCGAUUCUGUGUUUGAUUUAGAGCAAAUACAGAUUAGUCAAGAGACAAGAAGAAGAAAAGACGAAUUUAAUAGCAGUCAAAAGGAACCUGUUAUCUCAAAAAGAAAAUGUUUGGCGCCGUCGCAAAUAUAAUUGUAUUGAAAUUAACAUUUAUUAUAUUGUAUCGUUGUUAUUGUGCGUAUAAAUUCCAGUGAUCUCAAUUAGUUAGGGUUAAGCGUAAUUAGAGCUGCUUCAGUUGCGCAAUCGUAGAUUUUUGACUCGUCACGCAGCCCGCUUUUCAUUUGGAUGGGUUGACUGCAUGACAGCCAAAGGGGCGGCUGCACAGGAGGGUAGGGUAGUGUGCUAGUCUGUGAUUGGUUUUAGGGCAGUCAGGGAAAUAAGAGCAAGUUCGGGCGGAAUCCCGUAGCCAUAAAUUCUUUGUUGCCUGACUUGUAGCUAGAGUACUAGUUUAAUGAUCUAGCAACAAGAUCCGUGAAGGUUUGUCCGUCCAUUUUUUUGGAUAAGGCAAGAACGAGUGUUAUUUGUCCGACUGAAUGUAUGAAAUUUAACUUAAUGCGCUUGCUGGAACGAGGUAGAGCCAUGAUUGUGAAUCCACAGGCAACUUCAGGUGUUAUUCCUGGAAACUUGUUUCGGCAUAAGUACUCCGCAAUAUCAAAGUUUUAUCUUUACUUUUCAGAUCGGAAUGUUGCGCUAAGUUACGGCGGUCAACUCGUUUCGGUAAAUCAGGCUUCAAAUUAAUGACUGAGGCGAUCCUUCCUUAUAUGAGUGGAAUCCACUUUGUUUCAAUUAAGGGUCAGAACUUGGCUUUACCUCCUCAGAGCCUCGAGGGCCUGUACGUCUGAACAGGUCACAGUCUCUGUACUUUAGCGCGGCAAGCUUUGUACGACAGUGCUGUACGAGUAGCUCUCUGUCUUUUAUUUUACAUGAUUAUGGACAAAAUAAUUAAUCUUAUUUGAUUAGUUGUCCCUUCUUUGUUGGUUCUGUGUUGAAUACGAACCCUAACUGCUAUAAAUAUACCAGUCUCUUAUAAAUCUU